AUGUCUGCACCAGUUGUCCCCACCUCUCUUCAAGAGAGUCUCGACGCAACCAAGGUAGAAUACGUUAAUCUAGGAACCUCUGGCCUGAAAGUUUCUGUUCCCAUUUUGGGGGGAAUGUCGCUUGGAUCCAGCGAAUGGCAGAAGUGGGUACUCGAUGAGAAGGAAUCUUGUGAGAUUCUCAAGGCUGCCUAUGAUCGCGGCAUCAACACCUGGGACACCGCCAACAUGUACUCCAACGGCUUGAGCGAGGAAGUCAUUGGCAAGGCAAUCAAGAAGUACAACAUACCCCGCGAGAAACUCGUCCUCAUGACCAAGUGCGCCAUAUACGUUGGUAAAGAGACGAGCAUAUUCGCUCCAAUGUACACUCAGCAGUUUGGACAAAGCAAGGACUACGUCAACCAGGGCGGGCUCUCCCGCAAGGCCAUUUUCAAGGCAGUUGACGACGCCUUGCUUCGCCUGGGGACCACCUACAUCGAUCUCUUCCAGAUCCACCGCUUCGACCCCACCACCCCAAUCGAGGAAACGAUGAAGGCCCUCCACGACCUUGUCCUGGCUGGCAAGAUUCUCUACAUCGGCGCUAGCUCCAUGUGGGCGACCCAGUUCGCUCAGAUGCAGUUCGUCGCCGAGAAGAACGGUUGGACAAAGUUCGUUAGCAUGCAGAACUUCUACAACCUAGUCUAUCGCGAGGAAGAGCGGGAGAUGAACCGCUUCUGCAGGGAGACGGGCGUUGGGCUCAUUCCCUGGUCCCCGCUCGCCGGUGGAGCGCUAGCAAGACCGCUGGAGACUGAGAAGACCAGCACUCGCUCGCAAGUUAAGGGUCCAACGAAUACUAGUCACACGGAAGCAGACGAGACCAUCAUUCGCAGGGUCGAAGAGGUGGCUGAAAAGAAGGGAUGGAGCAUGAGCAACGUUGCUCUUACCUGGAUUAGGUCCAAGGGUGGGGUUCCAAUCACGGGGUUCAACUCUGUUAAGAGAAUUGACGAGGUCGGCGAGUUGCGUGGAAAGACGUUGACAGAAGAUGAAGUGAAGUACCUCGAAGAGCCGUAUGUUUCCAAGAACAUCGUUGGACACUACUAG